UCUUGGCAGGAAUUCAAUGACUGAACCAGACACAAACAAACAGAGAGAGAGAAAGGGAGGGAGGCUCGCACACUCUCAUAGUAAAGCGGAGGCAAGAGCUUUACACAAGACACACAUUUUGCGCGUGAGUUGCACCGGGUCUGUGAAACAGGCGGACUGGGAAUUACAUUUCGUUCAAAACUUUACACUUUAGGGAGGAUUUUCUCGUCGCUGGGAACUCUGGUUCGAUUUAAGAUUUGAAAAUGAAACUGUUGAAUGGAUUACAAGGCGGUGUUUUACGCUUUCCGAACUGACAUGGACUGUUGCGACUCUUUCCGUUCACAUUCACCAAAUCUGUUGUGAUCAGAUUGCCCGGGUUUAAACAUGGAGGCUGCUUCCAGCUUUCAGCCGCAUCCAGGACUUCAGCAAACUCUCAAGCAGUUUCACUUGAGCUCCAUGAGCUCCCUCGGCGGACCGGCAGCCUUCUCGGCCCGGUGGCAGCAUGACAUGCUGUUCAAGAAGGACUGUAAGAGCGCCGAGGUGAUGGUGAACCUCCCCGCGCAGACGCCCCCGGUCAUGCCGGGGCCCCUCUUCAUCCCGUCCGACCGCUCCACCGAGAGGUGCGAGACGGUCCUGGAGCGGGAGACCAUUUCGUGCUUUGUGGUGGGCGGCGAGAAGCGCCUCUGCCUGCCGCAGAUCCUCAACAGCGUCCUGCGAGAUUUUUCCCUCCAGCAGAUCAACUCGGUGUGCGACGACCUCCACAUCUACUGCUCCCGGUGCACGGCGGACCAGCUGGAGAUCCUCAAAGUUAUGGGCAUCCUGCCCUUCUCGGCCCCCUCAUGCGGACUCAUCACCCAGACGGACGCCGAGCGCCUCUGCAAUGCCCUCAUCUACGCCGGCACGUUCCCACCACACGUCGACAAAGAGUUGUCGUGCUCCAUCGAGCUGGAAAGAACGGAGAAGAGCUUUAAAGUUUAUCACGAAUGCUUCGGGAAGUGCAACGGUCUGUUCGUGCCAGAGCUCUACACGAGCCCCAGCGCGGCGUGCAUACAGUGCUUGGACUGCAGGCUCAUGUUCCCAACGCACAAGUUUGUGGUGCACAGUCAUAAAAGGCUGGAGAACAGAACCUGUCACUGGGGCUUCGACUCGUCCAACUGGAGGGCUUAUAUUCUUUUGGAUCAAGACUAUAGUGACAAAGAGGAGAGCAGCACACUGCAACAGCUCCUCAAUGAGUUAAAGGGGAAAUUUGACCUGGGGAACAAGCACAAGAUAUCUUACAAGGCAUACAGUCCCAUUCCCUCCAAAAAGUCCAAACAUGACCGCUCAAGAUCCCCAUCAAUGGAUAAAGCGAAGCAAGCUGAUUGGCUUGAUCUGGCUGCAUCUGCAAAUAAGGAUCUUAAGUUCAAGCAGAGACCUUCAGCCUUCAGGCCCUGGUCUCCCAGAGUUCCUCCUGCUGAGCGAGAGACCCUUAGCCACACAUAUGAGAGAUCGCUUGCUAAAGGACAAGACAGCCUGGUAGUCCCAAAUGUAUCUCUUGCCACAUUUAAAAAUAAUGAGCAGCCACCGCAACAUUUUUCUCAGCCCACUGAGACCAACAACACAGGCAAGACAGAGAGCUCAAGGCCAAGAAAGAGGUGGCCUUCUGCAGAGAGACAAUCACUGCCCACUGGAGCAGUCAGACAGCGUCCUCUGGAGAACGAGGACUCGGACGCAGAAAUCAAGAUUGACAACUGUAGCAAAGUUCCUUCCCUCUGUUCCUUGAUGUCCCCUCCCUUUACCUAUGGCAUUGGGGAGAUGAACCUCAACACUUACAGCACUGCAGAGGUGGAUGAUGAGAGGCUGAGACUGGGGACGGCCUCCUGCUCUGAGCUGGAAGUCCUCAAGCAGACACUCUGCAGUCACCUUAGCUCUAAGGAGGCUAGAGAGAAAUUCCUGAAGGAGAUCAUCCGCAUGAGAGUGAAGCAAGAGGAGAAACUAGCCGCUGCACUCCAAGCCAAACGAAGCCUUCAGCAGGAGCUGGAGUUUGUCAGGGUGACUAAGAAGGGCAGGCUGAGGGAGGCCAUCGAAGCAAAGCGGAACCUGAGGAAGGAGAUUGAGCGCCUCCGUGUGGACAGUGAGAAGAAGGUGCGAGACGCCAACGAGUCAUGCGGCAGGCUGAAGAGGGAGCUGGACAGAGAGAGACAGCUCCAUGUGUGCGAUAAGGGCUGUGAGGCAGGACGUCUGCGGGCCAAGUAUUCCUCACAGAUUGAAGAUCUGCAGACAAAGCUCCAGCAAGCAGAAGUAGACCGCGAGCAGUUAAGAGAGGACCUGCUGAAGGAGCGGGACGCCCGGAAGAACCUGGAGACGGCCGUCAAAGAGCUCCAGGAACAGCUGGGAUACAAAGCAGAGACGGAGGGACACGCCAUCACCAACACACAACCGACUGAGGGAGAGAAGAAAGAAAUGAGAGAGGAAGAUGCAUCUUAAACAUUUCGACUUCUGUGUUCAGUGUAUGGCUGCAGUUGAAGACUUUGAUUUGAGGACGAA